GAUUAUCUAAUCUCUUCUGUUUUAAGAAUCGUUUUUGCCCAAAACACCCGCAGAAUAUUUUGCAAACAUGGAAUCGGAAACUCUGCUUACAACAACUAAUGAAGAAAGUGUAUCGAAACGAAUCAAUCGUAAAUUAGAACAAUAUAUAAAACGUAAAGAAGCAAGACGUGAAACUAGAAAAGUCUACAAGGAACGUCGUAAAAUUCGCCGACUACAACAACAGCAACACCAACACCAACAAUCAUCUUCAUCGCCUCACAAUGUCACUAAUGAUACAUGUGUUGUAUCGUCGAAUUCAAUCGAUACAAUCAUAUCGUCAUCAUCAUCAUCAUCGCAGAAAAUCUCCUCUCAAAAAUGUUUAAAAAUGUCUGAAUCAUUAUGUCAAACCAAAGUUGUCAUUGAUUGUUCCUAUGAUCAUUUAAUGUCAUUCAAAGAUAUUUGUAAAUUAGCUAGUCAAGUUGCCAAUUGUUAUUCAAUUAAUCGACGUGCUCAACAUCCAGUUCAACUCUACAUCACUGGUUUAGGUUCUCAUAAUGCCAAAAAUAUAUCUACUGAAGAGAAUUUAUCAUCUACAGAUAAAUCGGAAUGUCAAUCUAUUCGAUUGUAUGACAGAUUGAAAUUAAGUAAUUGUGAUAGUUGGGAUGUGAAUCUAUGCGAGGAUACUUUUGCUGAUAUAUUUCCAACAGACAAAAUUGUCUAUCUAUGCGCUGAAUCAGAAUACUGUCUACCAGAACAAUUCAAUGACAAUUCAACAUCGAAUCUAGUCGAUACUACUACCAUUACUACUGCUACUACUACUACUAAUAAUGAUAAUAAUGAUAAUAAUAUUCAAUCAGUGAAUUUCACUCAAAAUGAUAUUUAUGUGAUUGGUGGACUGAUUGAUCAUAACAGUUUAAAAGGUUAUUGUUAUCAACAAGCAUUGUCACGUGGUUAUCGUACUGCUCGGUUGCCAUUGAAAGAAUCAAAUUUACCAAUCGAAGGUCGAUUUGUCCUAUCGACUGUUCAUGUCUUCCAAGCAUUAUGCCCAGUGUUAUCCGGUACAAAAACAUGGCUAGAAAGUUUAAAAUGUGCUUUGCCACCAAGAAAAUUAAUGUGUAUUUGAAAAUAAGCGUAAAUUUUCCGAUGCUAUUUAAUGUUUGUGUGUGUGCAUAUUCUUGUGAAUAAUUUUGAUAUUUUUUUGUAGAAAAAAACAUUUGGAG